AUGGUGAAUAUUGGCUUUAAGCGUUGUCAUUUUGAUUGCUGUGUUUACACUAAGAGCCUUGGUGAUGGUUCUAUGAUUUUUCUGUUACUUUAUGUUGAUGACAUGCUUAUUGCUGCCAAGAAUAUGCGUGAUAUUAUUGAUCUGAAAAGCCUUUUGGGUCAGGAAUUUGAGAUGAAGGAUUUGGGGGCCGCGAAGAAGAUUCUUGGGAUGGAGAUUCACAGGGAUAGAGGAUCAAAGAAGCUGUGGUUAUCUCAGAAGGGUUAUGUGGAGAAGGUGCUACAGAGGUUUGGGAUGAAUGAAGCAAAACCGGUGAGCACUCCAUUAGCAAACCACUUCAAGCUUUCUGUUGAUCAGUGCCCCAAGUCGGACAAGGAGACUCACGAUAUGGUGGAGAUACCUUAUGCCAGUGCUGUUGGAUGUCUGAUGUAUGCCAUGGUAUGUACUCGUCCUGAUUUAGCUCAUGCUGUUGGUCAAGUUUGCAAGUAUAUGUCAAGGCCGGGUAAACAAGUUUGGGAGGCAGUCAAAUGGAUUUUUAGAUAUUUGAAAGGUACUGCAGGACAUGGUAUUGUAUUUGGAGAUCAGCGGUUGGAUCCUUUGGUUGUAGGAUAUGUGGAUUCUGAUUAUGCUGGGGACUUGGAUAAUAGGAGAUCUACCACUGGUUCCUGUCCUUCUGCCUUUUUGACCUUUGUCAUCCCGUAUUCCGACAUCAGGUCGCCUGUUUGUGGUGAGUUCUUUUACUUACAUUCUCUUUGUUUGUUUUCCUUUGCUUUACUUUUUGAAACUCCGUCGAUUUCUGAGAGAUGGCGGAGCGAGCGACGACUAGCAGCAACAGAACAGUCUCUGACAAGGCGGUCCGUGGGGCUACUUCCGACAAUGAAGUUAACAUGA